AAAUUCUUUGCAAACAGAUUUUGUUGUUGAGGCCGUGCAGAAUAGUAAGAAGCAGACAUAAUGACAAAUUAACAGAUGGCAUUGAUUAAAAUUGCAUAAAGCCUCAGACGCUGUGACGUUUUUAUCAUAUAUAAACAAUUAACGAUCUUGUCAAGCAACCAUGUUGUUACCGAUUCUUCUUAUCUCUUGUCUGAUAUCCACGAACACUGGAUUGAUAAAUGAUGUAAUAAAUCAAAUACCGGAAUUGGACCCAUUAGAACUGAUACCAGAAAUCCCGCGUUUGUCACCUAAAGUUCCUGAGGAUGCAAAACUUACUACGAUGCAACUAAUAAGCAAAUAUGGAUAUAAAGGUGAGCUGCACAAAGUGAUAACUUCUGAUGGUUACAUUUUGGAACUCCAUCGAAUAACAGGACCAAUAAAGUGUACCGAUUCGAAUAAACCUGUUGCGUUUGUAGUGCCCGGCAUUCUGUGCGACUCGUCUUGUUAUACUAUUACUGGCAACCGAAGUUUAGCGUUUAUUCUGGCGGAUGCAGGGUACGAUGUGUGGAUCGCUAACCCGCGUGGCACUACGUAUUCUCGUAAACACAUAAAUAAAUCAAUCUCGAAAAAGAAAUACUGGAAUUUCAGUUGGCACGAGAUCGGUACGCUUGAUCUUCCAGCGAACAUAGACUAUAUUGUGAAAACCACUGGCCGUAAAAAAAUGUUCUACAUAGGACAUAGCCAAGGUACCACCACUUUCUUCGUCAUGUCAACGCAACGCCCCGAAUAUCAAAAGUAUAUCCUAGAGAUGUACGCUAUGGCUCCGAUCGCUUACUGCGGCAGGAUGAAGAGCCCUCUUUUACAACUGCUGGCACAGAUCACCGAUGUUGGAGAGAUUGCGAACCACUUUGGCGUGUACGAAUUCAAUCUUAAGAGCAAAUUAAGUAAUCAAAUUGCACAAUCGGUAUGCGCCAGUAAAGUUAUUACCCAACCGAUAUGCAAGAAUACGUUAUUCCUGUUCGCUGGAUUCAGUCCUGAGCAAUUUGAUUCGGAACGUUUACCGGCAAUCUUAGGACAUUAUCCUACUAGUGCAUCUGUGAAGCAAUUACUACACUAUGGACAACUCGUCAAGUCUGGAAUGAUGAUCUCAGCGGGAAGGUUCCAACAAUAUGAUUAUGAGCUUGACAAUUUAGAAAAAUACCACUCACUUGUUCCACCAAAAUAUGAUUUGCCCAAGAUCACAGCACCAGUUCAUCUAUAUUACAGUGCAAACGAUUGGUUAGCAAAUACUAAGGAUGUGGAUAAGUUGAGCAGGGAGCUGGGUAAUCUCGCCAGUAAAAUUUUAAUAGCGGACAAGAAAUUUAAUCAUCUUGACUUUCUAUGGGGUAAGAAUGUGAAGAAGAAUUGUUACGACCUUAUACUCAAUCAAAUGAAUAAGACACGUCAUCGAAAUGUCGGCAACUCUUCCUCGGAAUUCCUGUGAUGAUUUCCUGUGAUCCACAGAAUUUGCUUUUCUUGUUGAUAAAUGUAUUUUACCUUUAGAUCAACAGUUGCGUUUAAUAUAAUUCACUGCAUAUUAAUUUGAGUUAUUAAUUCUUUGUUAACGUUUUAUGUCCUUAUAAAAUAUUUUAUCUAUUUGCAAUGUAAUAUAUAUUUUGCCUUUUGUA